AUGCCCCGCGUUUACACCUGUCUGUCUUCCAACAGCCCUCGCUCUUUUCUCUUCUGCAUCGUUGCCAAUGUCGGCCCUGGUGGCGCCAGUCGCUCCCUGGUAGUGGCCUACCGCCAGGGCCGUGACGGCGACAGCUCACCGGUCUCCAACGCACGCGUGGCCCAUGUUGCGGCAGACACCCUCGCGCUGGCUGAGUUCGGCGAGCAAGUACGACGGCGGCUCGAAGAGGUGCCCAACAGCCUGGGCCCGUCCGAGGUCUCGGGGCAUAUUCUGCGUAUCGCGUACGCCGGACGCACGCACCUCAACUGGGCCGCAUUUAGGAACCUCACUCUCGGCCUGGAGGGAGACGAAGAAGACCUUGAUAACCUAAUAGCGGCCCUGGCACAUUGCACAGCCCUUAGACAACUCUGCUUUCUGCAGACACCGGACAUGGACAGCGAUGACACCUCCGCUCGAUUCUGUACGCAGCUGUUGCUGCGAGUGAGAUCCUCAAGAGACCCGGAGUGCCUCCGCGACAAAACCAUCUAUCUGACUUCCGCCUUUUCGACAUCUUUGCGAAACUGCUCGACUACUGGCGUCAGUUUCGCUUCAUCCGUCGUUCAAGUCUUUCCCGUGAUGCACAUCUUGACGUUUACGGAUCAUCCGCGCAAAGAUGUCGCAGACGGAGACGCAGACGAAGACCACCUACAACAACACCCGAACAGUUACAGGUACACUUCCUACGACAGGGGCAGCACCCUUCUCGGCGCCGAACGCUUUGCCGUCCGAUUUCUCUCAUACCUCCGUUCCGUGGACUCGGUUCUCGCCGCGGUCGUCAUGGAUGAGAGCAGUGCCCGGGCUUUGCUUAGCCAGGUACUGUGAUGGAUGUCUCGGUCCUAACUAUCCCGCACAAAAUAAAUGGAUGAUAACUAUAUGACUACUUAUUAAGCAAGUACUAGGUGCCCAGAGAGC